UUUAAAAAUCAUUUACAAAUUAAUACAACCUAAACAAAUUAUAUAUUCCUUCUUCAAAGAAGAAGAUUUCCAAUCUUACCUUACACCCAUAAAUAAUGCCCUCUUGCUCCCCAUCGUGUGACAUGCCAAAAUGCUUGUAUAAGUAAAGUAUGAAAGGCGAAGCAACAUGUACAGUUAAGUUUAGUAGUCAAAACAUUGAAAUAGAGUGCAAAUUAAAAACAAUACAGAGAAGAUGGAGGUCGACAAUAAUGUUCCUAAAUCAGCUCGUCGGUCUGUAGAUUACCAUCCAUCUGUCUGGGGUGACUAUUUCCUGGCAUAUGAUUCCUCGCUUACGGAGAUUAAUCAUCAAGAUGAACAAGAAGUUGAACGGCUUAGAGUUGAAGUGAGGAAAAUCUUAGUAUCAGCUCAUGCUACAUCUACACGAAAGUUAUUAGAGCUGAUUGACAACACCCAACGAUUGGGAGUAUCACAUCAUUUUGCAAAGGAAAUUGAGGAAUCACUUAAACAUAUCUACAACAUGAGCUGCGAUGAAUUUGAUGAUCCUAAUAAUCUUGAGACUGUUUCUCUUCAAUUUCGAUUGCUAAGACAAGCUGGAUACAAUGUCUCAUGCGAUGUCUUCCAAACAUUUAAGGAAGAUGAAGGGAAUUUCAAAGAAGAAUUGAUUAGGAAUGUGAAAGGAAUUUUGAGUUUGUAUGAAGCAGCACAUCUUGGAGUUGGCGGAGAGGACAUUUUAGAGGAAGCAUUAGGUUUCAGUACCAAGUGCCUUAAAUCUAUGGUGCCUAAGUUAAGUGGAUAUCUUGUUACACAAGUAAUUCAUGCCUUAAAGAUGCCAAUUCGCAGAACCUUAGCAAGAGUAGCAGCAAGGCAGUACAUAAAUAUUUAUCAAGACAAUCCUGAACACGAUAAAGUGCUAUUACAAUUUGCACGCCUGGACUUCAACAUGUUGCAAAAGGUUCAUCAGAAAGAGCUAAGUGAUAUUACAAGGUGGUGGAAAGGUUUGGAUGUUGAAAGAAACUUCCCAUUUGCUCGAAAUCGUCUGGUUGAAGCCUAUUUUUGGAUAAUAGGAAUAUACUUUGAGCCUCAAUAUUGUAGGGGGCGAAGAUUUACAACCAAAGUGAUCUCCCUUGCCUCCAUAUUAGACGAUUUGUAUGAUGUUUAUGGAACACACGAUGAACUCGAAAUGUUCACGGAUGCCAUUCAAAGAUGGGACAUAAAUGCAUCACAACAGCUACCCCCAAACCUGAAGCUCCUAUACCAUUAUAUUUUUGAUACUUAUGCUGAAAUGGAAGAGUUGUUGGCAAAGGAAAACAUAUCAUACCGAGUUCACUAUGCAAAAAAUGAGCUGAAGAAAGUAGUGAAAGCAUAUCACCAAGAGUUCAAGUGGUAUCAUGCUGGGUAUGUUCCAACAUUUAAGGAGUAUUUGAAAGUUGCACUAGUAACUGCAUGUUAUAUGAUGCUUUCCACUACUUCUUUGGUUGGUAUGGGAAAAGAGUUAGUGACUGAGGAGAAUUUUAAGUGGAUUACAAGUGAACCUUUAAUGGUAAAAUCUUCUUCAAUAAUAUGUCGAUUGAUGGAUGACAGGAUUGGACAUAAGUUUGAACAAGAAAGGGGACAUGUUGCAUCAGCAGUUGAAAGCUAUAUAAAGGAGUUUGGUUGUUCAAAGCAGGAGGCUUAUGUGAAGCUUGAGAAACUUGUAGUCAAUGCAUGGCAAGACAUAAAUAAGGAUUCCCUUCAUCCGACGCCUGCGCCCAUGCCUAUCCUCUUGCGGGUACUCAAUUUUACCCGCGCCAUCAAUCUCUUAUACAAGGAUGAAGAUUUAUAUACAAAUUCCAAAACCAAGCUAAAGGAUAUCAUUAAUAAAAUAUUAGUCCAACCACUCAAAAUAUAGUACUACCUUUAAAUUAUGCACGUUAUUUCCUCGUGAUUAUCAAAUAAAAGUAAAAUGAUGUUUUGAUUAAGUAUGUAUAGGUGUUACGUUUCAGUGUUUAUUUCUAUUCGACAUAAAUAUGAAUGUUUUGGUUUUUUUUCAA